AUGAAGUUCUUCAUCGAUGAUCUCCCCGUUCUCUUCCCAUAUCCACGGAUCUACCCCGAACAAUAUGCCUACAUGUGCGAUCUCAAACGGACCCUGGACGCAGGUGGUCACUGCGUUCUCGAGAUGCCUUCCGGGACCGGCAAGACAGUCUCUUUACUGUCGCUCAUUGUGGCGUACCAGCAGCACUAUCCAGAGCAUCGCAAACUCAUCUACUGCUCGCGGACGAUGUCGGAAAUCGAAAAGGCACUUGCCGAACUGAAAGCCCUCAUGAAGUAUCGUUCCGAUCAACUAGGCCAUGUGGAAGACUUCCGAGGCCUCGGGUUGACCAGCCGCAAAAACCUGUGUCUGCAUCCCUCAGUCAAGCGAGAGAAGAGCGGUGCCGUUGUCGAUGCCCGGUGUCGGGCCUUGACCGCAGGUUUCGUGAAGGAGAAAAAGGAACGGGGCGAGGACGUUGACGUCUGUAUUUACCACGACAAUCUGGAUCUUCUGGAGCCUCACAACCUGGUCCCGCCCGGCGUCUUUACUCUUGACGGGCUGCUCAGAUAUGGUGAAGAUCAUAAACAGUGUCCUUAUUUCUCAGCCCGGAGGAUGAUGUCUUUCUGUAACGUCAUUAUCUACUCUUACCAUUACCUCCUCGACCCUAAAAUCGCCGAGCGGGUGUCCAAAGAACUGUCAAAAGACUGCAUUGUGGUAUUCGACGAGGCGCACAAUAUAGACAAUGUUUGUAUUGAGUCACUAUCCAUUGAUUUGACGGAAGAUUCUUUGAGGAAGGCGACGCGAGGAGCAAAUAAUCUCGAGCGCAAGAUCGAGGAAAUGAAAGCUUCGGAUGAGGAGAAGUUGCAAAACGAGUACCAAAAGCUUGUCGAAGGCCUUCGAGAAGCGGACGAAGCUCGAGCCGAGGACGCAUUCAUGUCCAACCCGACGCUACCUGAUGACUUGCUGAAAGAAGCCGUCCCGGGCAAUAUUCGUCGUGCCGAGCACUUUGUUGCCUUCUUAAAGCGCUUCAUCGAAUACCUGAAGACGCGCAUGAAGGUCCUCUAUGUCAUCCAGGAGACUCCUCCUUCAUUUCUCUCCCAUCUCAAGGAGUUAACCUUUAUCGAACGCAAGCCCCUUCGCUUUUGCGCCGAACGGUUGACUUCCCUUGUUCGAACUCUCGAACUGACCAACAUCGAAGACUACCAACCGUUGCAGGAGGUCGCCACGUUCGCAACAUUGAUCGCGACGUACGAAACCGGGUUUCUGUUGAUCUUGGAGCCGUUCGAGACGGAACAAGCCACCGUGCCAAACCCAAUCCUCCAUUUCGCGUGCCUCGAUGCCUCCAUUGCCAUCAAACCAGUGUUUGAACGAUUCUCCUCAGUAAUCAUCACCUCGGGAACCAUAUCACCCCUAGAGAUGUACCCGAAAAUGCUAAACUUCAACACCGUCCUCCAGGAAUCCUAUCCCAUGUCGCUUACACGACGAUCCUUCUUGCCGAUGAUUGUUACGCGUGGCUCGGACCAACAGUCGAUCACCUCUGGCUUCCAGUCCAGAUCAGAUCCCGGUGUGGUCCGAAAUUAUGGCGCACUGCUGUUUGAGUUUGCAAAGCUCACUCCGGAUGGUAUUGUGGUGUUUUUCCCCUCCUACCUCUACAUGGAAAUGAUCAUUAGCAUGUGGCAGGGCAUGGGCAUUCUCGAUCAGAUUUGGACCUAUAAGCUGAUUUUGGUCGAGACACCGGAUGCACAGGAGACAAGUCUUGCAUUGGAAACAUACCGAACUGCAUGCGAAAACGGCAAGGGUGCCAUUCUCCUCUGCGUGGCCCGUGGCAAGGUGUCUGAAGGGAUCGAUUUUGAUCAUCACUUUGGACGAACUGUCUUGUGCAUGGGGGCCCCUUUCCAGUACACUGAAUCUCGGAUCCUGAAAGCCCGCCUGGAGUUUCUGCGUGAGAAUUACAGAAUCAAAGAACAAGACUUCUUGUCCUUCGAUGCGAUGAGACACGCCGCCCAAUGUUUGGGCCGUGUACUGAGAGGGAAGGAUGACUAUGGAAUCAUGGUCUUAGCUGACCGUCGAUUUCAGAAAAAACGCAAUCAGCUUCCUAGAUGGAUCGCGGAAGAGAUUCACGAGGGUCAGACCGGCUUGAGUACUGAUGCCGCGGUGGGCAUGGCAAAGAAGUUCUUGAGAAGCAUUGCACAGCCGCUGGUGCCAGGGCAAAAGGCACCGGACGGCUCCACGAAAGGCAAAGAUAGCUGGGAUCUGAAAGAAUUGGAGAAUUUUCAAAGAGAGCAGCGAUCCAACAGAGGCGAAGGGGACUUUGGGAGGCAAGAUGCUUACGCGCACGACUAUCUUCACCGCGAGACAAACGCUGGAUCAACUCUGCUCCACAACGGCAGUCGUGGUGAUGUAAAUACCGCCGACGAAUUUGACGAAGACAUUGCCGACGAGGAGUUUCUCAUCGCCGAAAGGAUGCAGAUCGAACUAGUGGGAUGA